CUACCCAGUCUGCCUAAUUGACGGAUAAGCGCAUGCUCUGUUUUCCGGCGAUGGAUUCAGUGUUCUGACUUCCUAAAACCGUCUAAAGUUUUUGAAAGACAUUUUUUGACGAGCCCUGGAUGACUUUAGGCCACACUUUGUAAGAAUCCCGAGCUGUAGUAAUGAAGGAGCUGAUUGAGGAGAUGGGAGAUAGCGGAUAUGGGUGUGCCGUUGCUAACCGCUUCGGCCGCCUGCUGGAUGAUGAGGCCGACCCUUUCGAUCUGCUGUACCAGGCCCAAGUGAAAAACGAGAAACGCAAGAAGAAAGACGACCUGAAAAAAGUAGACACGUCGACAAAAGCCAACAAGAAGGAGUCUCAAAGAGAGAGAAAGGCACUCGUUCGUGUCGCAGAGAACACCGCAAGCAAGCCUGAAGCAGGACCAAAGCGACCUGUCCGGCCUCCACCUGAGCAGCGAGGAGAGAAACACGUGGCCUUUAAUGAAGCCAAGUUCAAUGAGGGUGAAGUUUCUCUGGGAUACUCCAUUGAGAGGCCUGGAGAACUUUUUGAUAGAGCAACACGGGGAAGAGGAAGUGGAAGGGGACGUGGGGUCCGUGGUGUUGGAUAUUCCAGAUCUGCUGAUGGUUUUGAUCCCAGGGGGAAACGGGAGUUUGAGCGGCACAGUGGCAGUGACCGAGCUAGCGUUCGUCCUGAGGAGAAGAGGGGUGGCAGUGGACCUCGCAACUGGGGGUCCAUGAGAGAUCAUGUAAGUGCAAUGGCUGAGGGAGCACCGAAUGAGGAGACUGUUGAAGGCGAAGAAGUACCAGAUGCAGCAGAGACUGAUUUGGAAAAUGGGCCUGUUGAGACUGAAGAAGUGCUUGAAGUUGCUAUUGAGAUGUCUUUGGAUGAAUGGAAGGCCAUUCAGGAGCAAAGCCGACCAAAGGCAGAGUUUAACAUCCGUAAGGCAGAAACCAAAUUGCCCCCCAAAGCUGUGGUGAUCCACAAGUCUAAGCGCCUUAAGGAACUUGGCCUUGGUCUCAAUGAAGAUGACUUGGUCUGUCGGCGUCCCGCUAAUGAUAUCACUUGUCAAGUGGAUAUCAACUUUGGCAGUCUUGGGAGGCCUGCCCGAGGGGGCCGAGGUGGGCGUGGGGGACGAGGUCGGGGGGCUCCUGCCACCCAGAGGUCACCUCAGAAAGAUAAUGAAGUGGCUCCUAACCCUGAUGACCCAGAGGAUUUCCCUGCACUGGCAUGAGGUAGCCACUGCACUUGCAAUCAGAUUGGUACCAAACCAUCUGAUGGCCCCUUUCAACAGCACUUGAGUUUGUUUGUACCAAAAAAAAAAAAAAAUUAAACUCACAUUUACAAGUAUCAGUGGCUUGUGCAUUUGUGCAUUCCUUUUGCAGACUGCAUUACUUCUCCACAGAUCUUUACAUUAUGUAAAGUAGCUUUCACAUAUUUGGGGAAAAAUUAAAGCAAGCAAAAUGAAA